AUUGACUGGCUGCUUCGGGACACCUGCAGCCCUGAAGCCACAGGGCCCGGCCCCACGAGCUUGCACUCGGUACAUUUCGAUGCCUGCUUUAAGCUAAACCUGCUGUCCCAUAAGGGCUACGUUUCUGGCUACACACAGCUAGGGCGGCGCUGCUACUUCUUGCCCAACGCAUCGAUACAGCAGGUCCUGGCUGCGGAAUCGAGAAGGGUAUGUUGCGUCUGGACGGCUGGCACCUGGAUUUCUCUAUGACUUUCGGGGCUUGCAAUUGCAGAACCUCAUCACGGCUGUCGGUGUCGUGUUAUGCCGGCAUGGUAUGAGCACGCACGCAUACUCCACUGCUGCACGCAUACUCCACUGCUGCAGCGGCACGCAUACUCCACUGCUGCAGCGCUGUCCGUCCUUGCAGCUGGCACCGCUGUACAGUGCUGGUGGUAGGGUAUCGCGUGCAGAUGGGGCAAGUCAUAUGCCAAGUGGCUGGAAUGCCAGACACAGACCUGCAGUGGCUGGGCAGAGGCAUGCGCCCACUCAUUCCUCCCUGGCACCGAUAUGCUCACAGUUACGCAUGCCAGAAAGCGUUUGGGCACCUUUGGCAGGAUGCACGGUGUGGGACAGGGGACGGGCGAGGCAGCAGAGAUAUUCAACAGUGUGGCCGGUCCGCAUGGCCGUAUCGCACAAUACAUGCACCCUGUCACUAGGAAAGAGCACUUGGACCGCGUGGCGCGGCUGUACUGCAGGGAUGUCGUACAGCAGUCCCUCCAGCAGCAGCCUCGGCAGCUGGAAGCAGCUGACAUGGUGCCUGCCAGCCCAGCGGCUGAGUAUGCUCUCUGCCGGUUCACUCUUCAGAAGCUGCAGCGGGAGGACACCCUCGAAGCCAGCUCUGAUGCGGUGCGGCUUGGGUUGCUCUUCCCUGGUGCUGACUCUGUGCUGGGUAGGCAGCGCCCAGCCCUUAUCCGUACAACAAAAACCCAGGCUGCCGAUCUUGAGAAGCCCCGCUAUGACCCUGCUGCUUGGGGACCUGAGUCCGAGCUUAUGAGUGCGGCGCUGGGGAGCCUGGCGAAGGGAGAGCUGCGGAAGCUUUUUGCGGAGCCGACAAUGCAUGCCCUGGAGCACGUGGUACGGCGACUCGGUGGGCGGCGGCAUCAGCAGCAGCUGGCCAUUAAGGAGAAAAGGCGCGCGAGGCAAUGGUUUGUGCAGCUUUGGGAGCAGCUUACUAGCUGGAGUGCUGUAUCUGGAGCGGUGACACCGGAGCUUGGGCAGGCAUUGGCCAUGAAGGAACGCUAG